GGAGGAGGAGGAGGCGGAGGAGGAGGAGGAGGAGGUGGCGGCGAGAAGAUGGCGACUUCGAACAAUCCGCGGAAAUUCAGUGAGAAGAUCGCGCUGCACAACCAGAAGCAGGCGGAGGAGACGGCGGCCUUCGAGGAGGUCAUGAAGGACCUGAGCCUGACGCGGGCCGCGCGGCUCCAGCUCCAAAAGUCCCAGUACCUGCAGCUGGGCCCAAGCCGUGGCCAGUACUAUGGCGGGUCCCUGCCCAAUGUGAACCAGAUUGGGAGCGGCACUGUGGAUUUACCGUUCCAGCCCAGCGGAUUUCUGGGGGAUGCCCUGGCAGCGGCUCCUGUCUUUCUGACACCCUUCCAGUCCUCAGGCCUGGACACCAGCCGGACUACCCGGCACCAUGGGCUGGUGGACAGAGUAUACCGGGAGCGCGGCCGGCUCGGCUCCCCACACCGCCGGCCUCUGUCAGUGGACAAACAUGGACGGCAGGCGGACAGCUGCCCCUAUGGUACUGUGUACCUCUCACCACCCUCGGACACCAGCUGGAGAAGGACCAAUUCUGACUCUGCCCUGCACCAGAGCACAAUGACACCCACCCAGCCAGAGCCCUUUAUGGGGGGGUCCCAGGACGCACACCAGAAAAGAGUCUUACUACUAACAGUCCCAGGAAUGGAGGAGACCACCUCAGAGACGGACAAGAACCUUUCUAAGCAAGUAUGGGACACCAAGAAGACAGGGUCCAGGCCCAAGUCCUGCGAGGUCCCCGGAAUCAACAUCUUUCCAUCUGCUGACCAGGAAAACACUACAGCCCUGAUUCCUACCACCCACAACACCGGGGGUUCCCUGCCUGACCUGACCAACAUCCACUUCCCCUCCCCGCUUCCAACCCCGCUGGACCCCGAGGAGCCCACCUUCCCAGCGCUCAGCAGCUCCAGCAGCACCGGCAACCUCACUGCCAACUUAACGCAUUUGGGCAUCGGCAGCACUGGCCAGGGGAUGAACACUCCAGUCUCUUCACCGCAGCACCGUCCGGCCAAUGUCAGCCCACUAUCCCUGAGUUCGGAGACACGGCGGCAGCAGCAGGCACAGCAGGUGUCACCCACCCUCUCCCCGCUGUCACCCAUCACUCAGGCCGUGGCCAUGGAUGCCCUAUCUCUGGAGCAACAGCUGCCCUACGCCUUCUUCACCCAGGCAGGCUCCCAGCAAUCAACUCCACCGCAGCCCCAGCCCCCGCCACCCCCGCCACCAGUAUCCCAGCAGCAACCAUCCCCACCACCUCCGCAGGUGCCCAUCAACCUCCCCCCAGGCAGCCCCCUGAUGCCGAGCACCAGCCUGUCGCAGGGACCCCAGCUGCCCCCGCUCCUGGUCACAGUACCGUCCUCUCUCCCCCAGUCCCCCCCAGACAACCCAGGCCAGCCACCGAUGGGAAUCGACAUCGCCUCGGCCCCGGCUCUGCAGCAGUACCGCACUAGUGCCGGCUCCCCAGCCAACCAGUCUCCCACCUCACCCGUCUCCAAUCAAGGCUUCUCCCCUGGGAGCUCCCCACAACAUUCUUCCACCCUGGGCAGCGUGUUUGGGGACUCGUACUAUGAGCAGCAGAUGGCGGCCAGGCAGGCCAAUGCUCUGUCCCACCAGCUGGAGCAGUUCAACAUGUUGGAGACCGCCAUCAGCUCCAGCAGUCUGUACAGCCCGGGUUCUACACUCAACUACUCGCAGGCGGCCAUGAUGGGCCUGACGGGCAGCCAUGGGAACCUGCAAGACACACAGCAGCUUGGUUAUCCCAGCCACAGCAGUAUCCCCAACAUCAUUCUCACAGUGACAGGAGAGUCCCCUCCCAGCCUCUCUAAAGAACUGACCAGCACGCUGGUUGGGGUUGGUGAUGUCAGCUUCGACUCUGACAGCCAGUUCCCUCUGGAUGAACUCAAGAUUGACCCCCUGACCCUGGAUGGACUGCACAUGCUCAAUGACCCUGACAUGGUCCUGGCCGACCCGGCCACCGAGGACACCUUCCGGAUGGACCGUCUGUGAGUGCACACCCAGCACUCUGCUGCCCAGCCCUGGCUCCGUCACCCCGCCGGUCAGUGGUCCCAACGGAGUCUCCCUGAGCCCAGGGACUGCACACUCUGUCCCUGCAAACGGCCGAGCUUGUGAUUCUGAGCUUGCAAUACCGCCAAGCACUCCCGCCCCCGCCCCCCCUCGGCUGUUCACCUCCCUUGGGAGGCUGUGAGUUGCCCUCUAGGACUCCGCCCUGUGCACACUCUUUCACCUCCCACCCCAGGCCAUGAGCCAUCAGUCCCUGUAAGAUGCAGAAAGCAUGUUGGGCGGGGCCACAGGCCUGGGGGCACCGGGGUCUGCUCCUCACUGUGGUGGGCAAUGUGCAUUUCCGACUGUUGUCCAGCUCUCACUGCCUUCCUUCAUCCCUGGUUCCUACCCUCCACCCCGUACCUGCCACCCCCAGGUUGUGGUUAGGUAGAGAGCCAUCCCCACCCGACAAAAGGGAGAGAACGCCAGAGAGUGGGACAGACCCAGUGCAAAAUAAACACUAUUUUGAUUGCUGUCUUUUCUAUUCCUGAGCAAACAGAAUGCUAGAACCCUUCCCAUGGGUGUGGAUACAAAGCUGUAAACAGAGCAGCUAGAUCUUCCCAGCCUCCUGCCCCACCCACCCCCCCCCCCCCACCACCACCACCACCAGGUCCCUCUGGGGCUGCCUGUCAGGAAGCCGCUGGCCAGGGUGACAGGACCUGCUAGACAGCGAAUGUGGAGGCGGGUUAUUUCUAGGGGUGGGUUUAGAACUUGUUUUCAUCUUUCCUGCUCUGUUCUGUGGUCACUGUUACUGUUAUUUACAGACGUGUGGGAAGGGGGUGGCCAGGGCAUUUUUGUUGUAUUUUUUUGUUGUUUCUUUUGGUCUGUAUUUCCACUUUGGCUGUAGAUAAGUAGCUGACUCCUUCAAGCCAAUACUUGCCUGAGAGCAUCUUUUUAUUCCUGAAAUACUCCAUUACACAUGUUUUAAAGCUAACUGGAAGCAGUCUGCCAUCUGAGCUGGGACCCUAGCCUCAUUAGUUUCACCUCAAGGUAUCUCAAAACAGAAGGGUUGAGUGGCUGCCCAGCCCAGUGAGGGCAGGUUGUGCCAGGCGAGGACUCUGACAGAAGCUUGGGUGACUGGAGGUGCCUUUUCUCUGGCUAUGUAGCAGACUUCUGAGAAGGAGCCACUGCUUUUAUUAAGGGUCUGGAGAAGACCUGGCUCUGCCUGGCCCUAGCGGUGCCCGCCAGUCCUCAGGGCUGGUGUGUCCCAGACCCUGAGGCUGGCAGCAGCUGUGGCCCCUCUGUUCCCAGACACCCCGGAUGAAGUUGUCUCUCUCCCCAUCCUGAGAACCAGCUGACAUUCAUCCCACUGGCCACUUCUGUUGUUGCUCCUCCUGGUAGGACUGGGUUUGGAGGCAAAGAGCAGCGAGCUUUUCGUGGUGGGUUUCUAGGUGCUUGCUUCUCAAAGUGCCUUGAUAGGCAGAGGUGACCAUCCCUCUGCCCUCCAGGCCCUUCGAGGGGGUGGCAGGCUGGCUCUGUUUUCUGUUGGCAGCUUUAUUAGGAAUCUCUGUUUCAGGCCCCAAGUUGCAUCUCAACUUGCUCCUCCACAUGCUGUUGAGCUGACACUUCUGCCUGGCGUUAUUUCUUUGUGGUGUUAGUGGCCACCCUUCUGCCUAGGCUGUGGGAGCCCUUUCAAUGGGAGCUGGAUUUGAUCCCAGCAAUCGUCCUUCCUUUUUGCUUCUUGGCCAGGCUGUUAGCACGUAUCCAAGCAGCCGGGCAGCCACACUUGUGAGAAGGUCUCCCUCAGUCACUUGGCCCCGCAACCAUUGUCUGGGCUGGAGGAGCACAGUGUCAGUCUGUCCAGGUCCAAGGCCUAUCCUUUUACUGUGGCAGGGACUGGGGACAGAGAUGGGGACUUUUUUUUAAAAAAAAAAAAAAAAGAAGAACAUCUACAUGUACAUAGAAGAGUU